UUUAUAUUGAACCGAAACUAAAACAAGGAAAAUGCCAGGAAAUACUGCGAAAGCAGCUGUAUUGUUAUCCGUGUUUUUAAUGUCAAUUGUGCACUGUGGUCAUUCUGAAGAAGGCGUCUGCACAAAAUCUGACGAUGGUGUUAAAUGUUCCGAAGAUAACAGCGUGAGAUUAACGCGAUUGAAUGGUGAACUGGUUGGAAAUGUACAGACAAUUACGGAUGGUGACCGAAAACUUGAAAUGAAAACUCUGAACAUGAAGCCAUUGGUCUUUGAAAUUGAGAAUUUCCUAACUGAGGAGGAAUGCGACUACAUAAAAGCAGCUGCCGUGAAAACUGGUCUAGAGUCCAGUCAAACAAUGGCACAUUCCAUGUCCAAAAACCAAAAUGUUGACUUGAUGGACUUAAACCAUGAUGGGGAACUGGAUAUUAAGGAGAUGAAGAUUACCAUAGAGAAUGGAUAUGAUAUCUUCCUUGAAAAAGAGGACAUAUUGGAUAUGUAUAGCACGCUUGAGCUCGACACAAAUGGCGACACGCACAUCAGCCGAGAAGAGCUGAGUAAAAUCAAGCCCAAGGAUUUGUUCACUUACCUUCAGUAA